AUGGCUAUUCUGAUCUUUGUUGAUAAGGAAAAUGGAGAACCUUGUACUCGUGUGGCUCCUAAGGUGGUGCUGAAGCAGGCGGGGAGGGGGGCUGGGGAGCGGGUGCCUGGGCCUGUUAAAGCCCUAGAUGGGAGGUCUCAGGUUUCAAUACCACUUGUUGGCAAAACGUUUGAUGGUCCACCAGCCGUACCUAAAACCGUCAGAAAGGCUUUGGGAACUGUCAACAGAGCUACAGAAAAGACAGUAAAGACCAAUGCACCCCUCAAACAAAAACAACCAACCUUCCCUGCCAAAAAGAUGACCGAGAAGACUGUUAAAGCAAAAAGCUCUGGUCCUGCCUCCGAUGAGACCUAUCCAGAAAUAGAAAACUUCUUUCCCUUCAAUCYUUUAGAUUUUGAGAGUUUUGACCUGCCUGAGGAGCAUCAGAUUGCUCACCUCCCCUUGAGUGGAGUGCCUCUCAUGAUCCUUAAUGAGGAGARAGGACUUGAAAAGCUAUUGAAGCUGGGCCCCCCUUCGCCUGUGAAGAUUGCUGUCAUCACCAUGGGCAUCUGA